AUGCUCACCGCACGGAAAGUUCCUAGAGCAUGCCAAUCAUGUAGAUCUCAACUCCUUUCGCUUUUCGAACAUGGAUUCACAAGACCUACCGCCUCAACUGCUUCUUUACGAUAUCGCGACCUUCACCAUCGAUCAAUUCAGCCUCGACCUAACACUCUGCGAUUUUUCUCCACGACCCUUACUCGAUCGGAUGAAUCUCGAACGACUCCAUCUACGGCGGAGUCUGAACCAGCAACAAAAACAGCGGCCGAACCAGCAGCAGCAGCAGCAGCAGCAGACGCAGCGGCAACAGAUAUUGAGUCCCUGGUGAGACAGGCUAGGCAAACGUUUGGAGAAACUCUACCAAAGGAUUAUUUAUCUGCUCAGGAGUAUAAAUUAUAUGAACGAUUGUAUGGUCCGCCGUUACGAGAGACCAGGCCAGAGGACUUAGAAUAUUUGCAGGUUGUGGAGGAGGAUAUCGGCGAGGAUGGGCCGUCUAGGAAUGUUCUGCUGAAGGAGAACGCUGAUGGUGAAUUUGAAGAGAUUGAAUUCGAUCCAGAGCUGGGAUUUAAAGUCAUGGAAGAUGGUAGUAAUGGCUCAGCUUCCGCUGGCAAGGGCGAAGAAUUAGAGUUUGAGGAGGAAAACGAACCUGACGUGGAAUUGGAGGCCGGGGAUUCAUCAAUUGACACAGGGGCUCCUGCGGAAGCAGAUGCUCCCACCAUCACAUUCCAAGCUCAAAAUCAAAGAGAGGCGGAUGCUAUUGCAAGACUACAACGCGAUAUGGACGAAGCGAUGGCACGAGCAGCAGAGCAAGAAGCAACUGCUUUGGACGAGAACGAAGCGUCGGAAGAACCCGAAGAAGAAUUAUUUGAAGAUGAAGAAGUCGUGGAUGACGAGGAAGACGAGUAUGAUUCGUAUAUCAGUUCGGACGAAAUUCGUACACAUCCACAUACGAAAACUGGUCGAUUUGGCACAUCUCCAAGUACUAUAUAUCUGCCAAAGGAACAAUUUGUUACCCCAAUUACUCAAUUGCUAGAAAGAACGAGCAUGAAACACGUCACAGAGGCUGCGCUCAAAGCAUUUGGUGGAAAGUGGUUACCAUAUUCCUCCUCUACCCCGAAUGUAGGAAAACUUAAGCUUCUGCCGCAAAAGCAUGUUGGACUUGAUGCUUCACAACAUAGGAUGAGCGAAAUUGAAGCAGAUGCAUAUUUGGCUGGGGUGAUGUCAGGUACUUAUACUUCUGUUAUGAGCACAUUGGUCGAAGUACGCAAACGACUAGGAUCCGAAUGGGUUCGUGAUAUGUUAUUCAGGGAGGGCGGCCAAGGUCCACGAAUUCUUGACGCUGGAGCUGGUGGAACUGGUAUCGUAGCAUGGAAAGAGAUUUUGCGAGCAGAAUGGGAUAUGUUAAGGGAUGAUGGUAUUGUCGAGGGAGACGAACCACCCUCCGGGAGACACGCAGUUCUUACCGGAUCAGAUGCAUUACGACACCGAGUUUCCCAAUUUCUUGACAAUACUACAUUUCUUCCCAGACUUCCUGAUUAUGUCCAUUCAUCCAGUGGCGAAGAUCAACUUGAUGGCGGACCUGCUCAACCUCGAAAAAUGUAUGACUUAAUCAUUGCCCCGCAUACCUUGUUUCCUUUGAAGGAAGAGUAUCGCCGAAAGCACAUGGUACAGAACCUCUGGUCAAUGCUUGAUCCUAAAGGAGGCGUACUUAUCUUGAUAGAAAAGGGUCUACCAAGGGGAUUUGAGGCUAUAGCAGGAGCUCGUUCUCUUUUGCUCGACUCACAUAUCUCGUCCCCCGGUGACGAAAGCAUCGAAAAAGAACUCCAGUCCAUUUCCGAUACUGAAUCACAAUUCACGGAGAAAGAGGAGGGCAUGAUCAUUGCACCAUGUACCAAUCAUACAAAAUGUCCGAUGUAUCCGGUUCCAGGUCUUACUCUUGGUAGAAAAGAUUUCUGUCAUUUUGAGCAACGUUAUAUCCGUCCACCUUAUCUACAAAAGAUAUUGGGUGCUUCUUCUCGCAAUCACGAAGAUGUUAGAUAUAGUUACCUUGCAGUGCGAAGAGGUAUUGAUGGUAGGAAAGAAGAAAACAUCCUUCAAGGGGUUGCUGCCACUGACCAAUCUUUUGCGGGCUAUGAAGAGCAUAGCUUACCGGACGGCCCAGAGAUACCUGAGGAGGGUGAUGUGCCAUUCCAUCCAUUGUCGCUUCCACGCUCGAUGCUGCCACCUCUCAAACGCCAUGGACAUGUCACCAUGGAUGUUUGUACACCAUCAGGUAAAUUGGAACGAUGGACUGUUCCUAAGAGUUUUAGCCGUGUGGCGUACCGUGAUGCUAGGAAAUCAAAAUGGGGAGAUCUUUGGGCACUUGGUGCCAAAACACGAGUCCCCAGAGAGCCUAGACUAGGAAGGGGAGGAGUGGGUGCAGUGAACAGCAAGGGAUCCAAACCCGGAAAGGUUCUCAGCAAGUCGGCGUCCAAGAAGAAGAAGAAUAAGUUUAAUAUCAUCAUGGGCCGUGGAGGUAUGGAAGGUAUCGAGGAAAGCAGAGAUUCGAAGAAAAUAUUCAAGCCCGAGAAGAGAACUAAGGGGGGACGAUUUUACAAGCCGCAGAAGCCGAUUAGCGAGGAUGAUAUAUAA